GUGCUCCCGGCGGUUGGGAACCAUCACGGAAAUGUUGCUCCUGCAAAUACUCCUCCUAUCUCGGGCUCUCUGCCACUGGGUAUAUGGUGCAGAUUCUCAUGCCUUCACCAUGGUCCAGCUGGCCUACUUUCCGGAGAAAGGUGUCGUUGAUUUUGCCGGGAAUGCCACUCUGGAUGGGACCCUCACCCAUAGCCUGGGGAGCCACCAGGGGCAAUUAAAUGUGAGUCAGCUGCUCUCACUGGAGUCUUCAGACGUUUGGAAGCAGAGGAAGGACAGCCUGCAUGAAUACCUAGAGUUCUUCAAGGGUGUGGUCACACUUGUUGCUCAAGAAAGGAAUGUACGAUACCCCAUACAUGUACAUUGUACUAUAGGCUGCCAGCUUUUUGAGAAUGUCACUAAGAGCUUCUAUGAAGUUUUGCUCAACGGAACCGAAUUCCUGAGAUUCCAUGCAACCAAUCACAGCUGGGUGCCCUUAAGAGAAACUGAAGCAGCCAGCUAUGCCAGUCUCAAGCUGAACGAAUUCCCCCACAGCUCCACCAGCCUACAGUUCUUCCUACAGGAAACAUGCAUCAACUUUGUGAGGGAGCGCACCAACGUGGAAGAAGCCUUGACUGGGAAACGCAAAGGACGCCCUCAUGCUCCCCUGGUGCUCGGUAUCAGCAUUGGCUCCCUUGCUCUAAUAGGCCUAGCUGUCUGCAUCUUCUUAUGCACAGGUGGGAAGAGAUAGCACUCAGCAUUAACACAUUACAUGGACCAGCUGCUUUCCAAGUGGUUUAGCCAAGCUCAAUGGAAGACUGCGAUUCAACCCUUUACAUCCGUGAUUGACUUUCUGGGAAAGAAAAAGGUCUAUGCAAACCUGUAUCCCUUACCUCGUAGGUGAGAGACCUAGAGCAGCAGUUAAUAUUACUAGUGCCAUGGGAGUCUUUUUAUUUCCUUCCUGGACAAGUGACCGCUCUGCUCAGCCUUUAUUUUACUAUGAUGCAUUGUACAUGAGGCUGCCUUUGAAGACAACCCAGAAACUUCAGCUAAAGCAACAAGACUGUGAGUUCUGCGAGCAGGUGUUAUGACCUUAUUGCACUGGUUCUCUCUUGCCUGCACUGGCUUCUGAUUAAUUUCUGGGCCCAAUUCUAAGUGUUGGUUUUGACCUAUAAAGCUCCAUACUGCUUGGGAUUUUGGUACCGGAUGGAAUGCCUCCUCCUGUAUGUAUCUAUGUGUGCCUUAAGGUAGUCCUAGUCCAGGGACACCCUUCUUCAUAUGUCCUCUCACUCUGAUCCUCAGAGGGUGGCAACAAGGGUUGCUCAGUGGUGGCGCCACACAGUGACCCCGUUCAGACAACACGCUAAACCAUGCUGCUUAAACACUGGCCCGCUUGCAUUGGCUGCCUAUGUGUUUCUGAGCCCAAUUCAAGGUGCUGGUCUUAACCUAUAAAGCCCUACAUGGCUUGGGACCACAAUGCCUGAUGGACCACCUCUCCCGACAUGAACCUACCUGUACACUGCGCUCAACAUCUAAGGUCCUACUCCGAGGGAAGCUCGGAGGAUGGCAACAAGGGAGAGGGCCUUCUCAGUGGUUGCCCCCUGACUGUGGAAUGAUCUUCCCGAUGAGGCUCGCCUGGCGCCAACGUUAUCUUUUUGGCACCAGGUCAAGACUUUUCUCUUCUCCCAGGCAUUUUAACAGCAUUUAACAACGUUAAGUUUGUUUUUAAUGGACCCCAGAAUUGUUGUUUCUAAAUGGAUACUGUUGUUUUUAUGUUUUUUAAAUUUUUGUAUACUUUUAAUGUUUACUAUUUUUAAUUGUUGUAAACUGCCCAGAGAGCUUCAGCUGUGGGGCGGUAUAUAAAUGUAAUUAAUUAAUUAAAUAAAUAAAAAUGGUUAACAGAAUGCUUAGCCAUGGUUUACGGUGUCGUCUAACACACGUUUCCCCUAACCAUUUGCCCCGUUAACCAGUUAGGCUAACUAAGGAAAACGUAAACAACAAAGGGUUAAUAGUGUUGUCUGCAAGCAUUCCACAUGUUAGCAUUAACCACAGCUGAACGUGGUUAAGCUACCCACAAAGUCCAGAGUGUAGUCUGAAGCAGGCCAGUCUGUAUCCCUUAUUGAAGGUCUACUGUUUUAGCUCCUGUGGUGAGGUUUUUAACUAUUGUACUUUGUUUGUUUCAGUUUUUGUAUUAUUUUUUAUCAUGUUGUGUCAGCAUAUGUCUGCUUGGCUUUAUAUUGAGCUGGAUUUUGUUUAUUGCAAUCUUCUUGAAUUGUUUUAAAUUGCACUGUACAACAGCUAGAGAAAUCUAUUUAUGAAGCAUUUAAGAAACAAUAUUUACAUGCUUUACCCAUUAUCAAUGGACAUAGGGGACAAACCCCAAAGCAUAGCAUAAAAAUAAUUAACAUGCCUGGACCUCUUCUGGCUGUGUUUAUCCCCACUCCUCUCAUGUAGCAUCCUGGAAGUGGGAAUUAUUGCAGCUACUAUUUAUUUCAUUUCAACAGCACGAGUUAUUGAGAUGGGGUUUAUGUAUGGUUUUGAAAAUGGAAUUCACUGCCACAAGAUGUUUUGAUGACUACUGGGUCAGACAAAUUAACGAAGUAUAGGUAUAUCAGUAGCUAUUAAACAGGCUGGCUAACUGGAACCUCCAGUCAUCAGAGGUAGUAUGACAUUGACUAUCAAUUGUUGUAGGGAGGGAAACAGUGAGGGAGGACUACUGCCCUUAUGCCCUGUCUGUGGGCUUCCUGGAAGCAUCUACCUGGCCACUGAAGAAACAGGAUGCUGGAUUGGAUGGGAUUUUUUGGCCCGGACUCUAGAGUUGGACAUUGCACGAUUGAUACCCACCCUUCAAAAAUAAGUAUCGUUAAGGUCACAUUGCAGAAAAUUUGAUGUGGCAGGUGUUACUCAUCAUUUAAGGCCAUAUCACAGACAAUUUGGUGUGGCAGGUAUUACUUAUUGCACCACAGCAGAUCUUUGGCGUCUGUUCCCACACCCCAAUUUUAUAGCAUAAAAUGCACAAGUUCAACAAAGGCUAUUAGAAACUAUUACUUAGCCUCUCCUCUAAGCAGCACUUUUCUAGAAAUCAGGAUCGUUACUCUCCUUCUGUAGACACUCCUGAGAGUGCAGCAGCAAGUUCUUAACCAGCAAUGUAAUAUUUAGGAGUAACUUCAUGCAUUUUAUCCUUGCAACGGGACUAAGCAAGAAGCCAACUAUUGUGAAACAGUUCCUUGCACAUCAUUCACAAGUCCUCUGAUACCUACUUUGUUAAGCCUCUCUGGCUUAUGCCAAAAUUGUUUUUUGAAGAAUAGAGGCAUGCAUCUUUCACUUUUGAUGUGGCAGGGGCUUUAAAGAAGAACAGCCUUCUGCUGUCCUUGAAGGUCUGUUUGAUUUAUACAUCAACGCCUCUAAAAUAUUUCUAAUAAUAAGGGGA